GGACCACGGAUGAGCGUCGCUGCGCUGGGACAUUUUUCUCCCCAAAUAAAAGCAGUUUCGAAAUAUUCCGUCUCCCCGUCGAGAUGAUGUGCGACACCACGAACCGGAGCUUUCGGACGCAGCUCGCCGUCAUCCUGGACAGAGUGACCAAGGCGGCUCUGGUGGAGAUAAGCAACCUGGCGGACGAGUGCUCCUCCGUCCUUCACACCGAGAUAACGCUGCACAAGACGGAGAACGAGGCGCUGAAGAAGCGGUGCUACUCGCUGGAGGUCCAGCUGAGAGCCGCGAAGGAGGCGCAGACCUUCCCCGCCCACGUGCACAGCGUCGGCCGCCGGCUCCCCGCAGAACAUCAGCAACCUGCUCCGGCCAUCGAUGGGGUUUUUGGGAAGGACUGGUGUAUGGACUUUUGGAGAGAAGAGAAACUCACCUCUCACAGAAAAGAAACAAUGGAGCUUGCUGCUAUGACGAGCAUGGGAGUACCGGCAAUCGACCUGACGGAGAGAGAGCCUGAUACCAUCUUUGUCAAGGAGGAGAUUUACGAUGAUCAUCCCAUCGGUCCGCAGAUGACUUUCACAGAUAGCAGAAAAAUCGUCGGGAUGUUUGAGGAGGACGCCAUGCUUCAUAGGUCUGUCGAUGAGCUGGAGCUUCACCCGGGGGAAUUAAACAACUUUCCCAUGACGGCCGACAGUCAACCGCUGCUACGCACGCAUCCGACAAUCAUGGACAAGUUAAUAGAUGACGCGACAAUGAGCACUCUGGCCGACAACACAAAUCCUCCCUCAGCCACCGCCGAAUACUCCGACUAUACCAACGACAUCCACAUGAACGCAACGAAAGAACUCAUGAUUCAGCCGAAGCAAUUAAAGUCAACCAAACGGUUCGAGUGCUUAUUCUGUGGGAAGCUGUUCAACUACUUGAGCAGUUUAAAAGUCCACAUCAGGCGCCACUCCGGUGAGAAGCCGUUCAGCUGCUCCGUGUGCGGCAAGCGAUUCGCCCAGAAAACGUACCUGAAACUGCACCAGCGCGUGCACUCGGGGGAGAAGCCGUACAGCUGCCCAAACUGUGGCAAGAGCUUCUCCCAGAAAAGCUCCCUGAACAUACAUCUUCGGACACACACCGGUGAAAAGCCUUACAGUUGUGUGGAUUGUGGGAAGUGUUAUGCGUACAAGUACGGCUUAAAUCACCACCAGUGUUUCACUUGACCUGUCAGACAAACCACGUGGCUGUUUUGGUAAGACGUCUAACUGUGAUGAGCGGUGCUGUCGGUUGUUCUCACAGUGGUUCAGCAUGUGCCAGUAUGUAUAAGAUUUCAAAUACCCCAUUUUAAAUCAAAAAGCCUGUUUGGUCAACAGGGCUGCUGUAAACUGUAGCUUGUUUGGUGUUUUUAGUUUUACUUUUAUAGGAAAUCUUGCAGCAGCAAAAUGAUGGUAUAGAUAAUAUGUAUCCCUUUUAGUGUAUCAUUUGAUUUGGUGGGAUCUUGGUCAGGGGGGUCGAUGUCAAUUUGUACGAUCCCCUCAUCAAAUCGUUUUAAGGUCAAUUUUACAAAACGCUUAUCAGCUUAGAUGAGACACAUUUUCUGGUCCAAAAAUAUUUCCCAUUUUGCCCAUGCAUGUUGUUUUAUGACUUGCGAAAUGUGUUACAUAUACAUAUAUACCUCAGUGUUAAACUGUCCAUCAGACCACAACAGGCCUCUGUGGAUUCCAAAAUAGCUUUGGACAAGUGCUCAGUUUGCACACAUGUAGCAUAAACCUUUGAAACUACCUCUUCACAACAAGGUUGGAGUAAAACAACUUCCUCAGUUUGCUUCAUUGCCCAAGCCUCAACUCUGCUUUGUAUUCACUACAUGCCACGCUUCAUUUAUUGGCUUUUAUCAGUGGAGAGAGUAGGUAAGCCGAUUGCUUUGAAUAACAUGAAAUGUUCUGUGUUGGUCACAUAUUUUUAAGAUUUGUAUUCACUGUUCCGGUCUGAGAGGUGUUGCUGUUCUGAAAUGUGUUUGUAUGGCUGUGUCAUUAUUGUGGAGAGACAAGUGUUGUCAAUGUUCAGUCUCUUAAAUGUUAACCAAGAA